UGUGUGUUCUCCUCCUCACAGGUGUCAUGUCCAGGUCAGACUACCCUCCAGGGUACCAUGAGUCCCCUGGCCCGAUGUACGGACCUCAGGGUGGGAACUACCCACCUCCCCCUGCCUAUGGCUUCCCCUCCUUCGGUGGUCCACAGCCCGGCCAGCCCGCCGCUCCCUACCCCACUGGUCCCAACACCCCUCUGUUCCCAGGCCAGCCGGGGGGCUAUCCUCCCGGCCCUUACCCAGGACAGCCUCACCACGGCGGGCCUCCGGGAGCGGGAUACCCCAACCCUCCUCCGAUGCCCCCCAUCAUCCCCCCUACCAUACCAUCAGAUGCCCUGAGCUCUGGUGACGAGUUUGCAGCUCGUGGCAGCAAUUGGGAUUCUCUGAGCAUUCGACACGCCUUCAUCAGAAAGGUGUAUUUGAUUCUGGCGUCUCAGCUCCUCGUCACAACAGCCAUCGUGGCCGUUUUCACAUUUGUCCAACCUGUCAGGAGUUUUGUACAGCGAAACCAGGCGGUGUACUGGGUGUCAUAUGCAGUAUAUUUCAUCACCCACCUUGUGCUGGUCUGCUGUAAGGGCCCCCGGAGGAAGUUUCCGUGGAACGUCAUUCUGCUGUCCGUCUUCACUCUGGCUUUGUCCUACAUGACCGGAUCCAUCUCCAGUUACUACGACACUAAAGCAGUGUUUCUCGCUCUGGGCAUCACCGCCGUCGUCUGCAUCGCCGUCACCGUCUUCUGCUUCCAGACAAAGGUCGACUUCACCAAGUGCCAGGGUCUGUUCUGUGUCCUUGGGAUCGUAAUGUUUGUGACUGGCAUCAUUACAGCCAUUGUGCUCUCCUUCAAAUAUAUGCUGUGGCUUCACAUGCUUUAUGCCGCUUUAGGAGCCAUCGCCUUUACUAUGUUCCUGGCAUAUCACACGCAGCUACUGAUAGGAAACAGGAAACACUCCAUCAGCGAGGAGGAGUACGUGUUCGCCGCGCUCUCCAUCUACGUUGAUAUAGUCCAGAUCUUCCUGUUCCUGUUGCAAAUAAUCGGAGCUUCCACCAAAUAAGGGUUCACUGCUGGGUGCAGGGAAGCACCAAGCACCUCAAUCAUUCCAUGCUUUUGUUAAACCUUUGCUUUUUUCAGUAAAAAAUAUGCAAACGUUUAUAAAAAAAAAUCACAAAACACUCCAGGGAAAAUGUCCUAAGGGCUGAAUUUGAGAUAUAGUUACAACAUAGGUCAAACCUAAUGCGAUAAUGCGCUUUUUUCUGAACUGUUUAUAUCUACUUUAAGCAAUUUUGUAGUGGUUAAUAGAUAAUAUUAAUACUAGAAUAUAAAUAUCAUAUAUCAACGUGUAUUCCCUCUUGCUGGAUUUAAAUUAAAGCAGAACAUUUUUCUCUGCGUGUACAUGUAUUACUAUAAGUUAAUGUUUCCAAUCUGUGUAGAUGUUGAGAAAAUGGGCAAACUCAAAUUUGCCAACACACAUAACACCUCCCUAGUUGGUUCUGAAGUACAGAAGGAAUGACAAUACCACAAGAUCUGAUGCUUAGUCAGUACUUAGGCGUACUUUUUCACAGCUCAGUACUCCUAACUGCAACCCGUUAGAUGCUACAUCACUGCAGUGCCUUCCCCGUGUUUCUGAGGAGACGUUUUUUACUUUACAAAGUACAUGUAGUAUGCCUCUGUUUCGGUCAGCUGGGUGGAGUUUUCCACACAGGACACCACGAUCAGUGCCAAGGUGUUACAUUAUUGGAACAUUUUUGAACACCAGGGAGUUCCAGCCAAUGUGGCAGCAUCCAAAAGUUCCUCAGACAAUUAUCUCCACCCAGCUGGUUCUCAGCUGACUACAAACACAGCCCAAAAACACAAAGGUACAUAGAACUCUUUCCUCAAAAAUAAACGUUUUGAAUGUACAGAACAGACGUGUGGGGUAAGAGGUUGUAAAUAUACAUAUCAAUGCUGCAGAGAAUCAGUUUCAUAUCAAAUAAAGAUUCUUCUUUGUGA